AUGUCGCGCCCGCCCGAGCUCGAUCGCAACCAGGAUGCCACCUGCUACAUUGGCAACAUUGACGAUCGUGCCAACGAUGCCAUCGUAUGGGAGCUCAUGAUCCAAGCCGGUCCUUUGGUCAACCUCCACCUCCCCAAGGAUCGCAUCACCCAAUCCCACCAAGGAUACGCCUUUGCAGAGUUCCAGACCGAACAGGACGCCGACUACGCAUGCAAGGUCAUGAAUGGUCUUAAGCUCUAUGGUAAACCUAUUCGCGUCAACAAAGCUUCCAACGACCGCAAGCCGAUUGAUAUUGGCGCAAAUCUCUUUGUCGGUAGUCUAGACCCUGCAGUAGAUGAGCGUCUGUUGUACGAGACUUUCUCGGCUUUCGGUGGCAUCAUUGGUCUACCCAAGAUCGCCAGGGACCCAACGAGUGGCGAGCCCAAAGGAUUUGCUUUCGUGUCUUUCGACAGCUUCGAGGCUGCAGAUGCGGCCAUCGAGGCGCUCAAUGGUCAAUUCCUGCUCAACAAAAACAUUACUGUCGACUACGCCAUCAAAAAAGACAGCAAAAAUGGCGAGAGACACGGCACUGCUGCCGAGAGGCUGCUCGCUGCUCAAGCGCGCAAAAACAAUGCUCUGCCCACACAGCCCUAUCCGCAGCGGCCGGUAGGCGCUCCCUAUGCCCAACCGCCGGGCGCUGCCUCAGUGGCUCCUCCCAACGGCAAUUCUCAAGGUGCAUGGAGCGCAUAUGCACAACAUCAACAACAGCCGCAGGCUGCGUAUCCUCUAGCAGCCGCACCGCAGCCACCACAGCAGGCGUCACAUCUCGCCCCAGCAUACCCACAAAACCCUCCCAUCCAUAUGAGCCCAGGCGGUCCACUUGCGUACCCGCCUUAUCAAUAUUGA